AUGGGGAUCUUAAGGCCUAUUGUAGUGAUUAUUGGUGCAAGUACACAAUUAUUGCCACAUACUUAUUGUCUGGAACGAUAUAGAAAAUUUAGAGCUAGAUAUGACUUUCAAAAUAAUGAAAUACCAGUUCGAAAAGAUAUUCAACGAAGAUUUGAAGAAGUAAUAGAUGAUAUAAAUUUAUUACAACCAUUAAAGAUAGAAAAAGAACGUAUUAAGCUUUUUAAUGUUCAUGAUAUAGAAGUAUUUCAUGCUGGAUCAUUAUAUACAAAAUCUGGUGGGGUAGUUGGUAUCCCAGCAAAUUUUGAAUAUGAAAAUAUUGACAGCAUAGCUGCUGAAACCAUAUCCAUUCAGUCUGCAUCAUUUAACUGGGAUUUAGAAGCGAUUGAGGAAUUUCACAACUCUUUAAUACUUUCAGAAAAUGCCCAAAAAUUUGCUAUGGCUCAAGAAAUUUUAAAAGUUGCAACACUUGAUCCAAUAUAUAAAUUUUGCAAUGUACUUAUAGAUAUGACACUAGCAAUUGCAGGUUAUGACCUACUUAUUUCAAAAUUAAAUGGCACUAAACAACGAAAAGGUAUACAAGUUUUCUGUACAACUAUUACUGCAAUUGGAACUUUCUUUCUUACCGCAAUGAGUCAUUCUGCAUUGGAAAGAUAUAGAAAAACAGAAGUCAAUGAAAUAAUAUCUAAGCUUGGUAGUAAAUAUAUUCAAGGUGGUGUGGAAUAUUAUGAAAAAUUAUCACAAAAGAACAAAGCCUUAAGAGUAUUAUUGGGAACAAGAGGUACAUAUUUAUAUACAUCUACAGGAAAUCAAACUAAUUUGUUUGGAAUUUCAACAAAACUUUCAAAUUCUGAACAAAUAAAUUACUUUCAAACAAAAUUGCAGGAUAUCUCAUCACAAUUAUUGUGCAUUUUCAAUUACAAAAGCAUUCUCUUCAGAACUAAUUGACGAUCCAGUACUUAGAUCAAUAAGAUUAUCUUUUAAAUUCCCUUUAUCAUUAAUAGUAUCUGAUAAAGUCGUUUUUAAGUUUGGUCCAGUUGUUUGCAAAAGUUUAAUCUGCAAUGUAUGUAACAUUGACAUAUGAUAAAUAAUAAUAAUAAUAAACUUUUUAAUAUUACCUUUGUAUUCAAUGUACUUAUUAUAUGAUCUUUUUCUUCAAUAUCAUUUCUCAAUGCUUCUUCUAAAUGAGCUUUGGCCUGUUGUUCUAAAUGACACUGUUCUUUCAAAUCAGCUAUUCGCCUUAAUACUUUAUCUUGGGUUUCCACUAAAACUGAUUCUAACUUGCCUUUUACUCUUUCCAAUUCUUUAUAAUGUGUUGCUAAAUCUGUAUAUCUCCCACGAUAUUUAUGAUAUUUUGCUUGCACUUUCCUAUAAGCUGAAUAUAUUUGAUCUUUCGAAACCUUGUCCAAUUGUGGACUUAUAUUUUCGUCUAUUUCACUAGCAGACUGAUCUAUAUCAGACUAUAAGCAAAAAUAGACAGUUAUUUACAUUUAAAUAUUAAUCAUUUUUCAAAUUUUAUAUAUUCUUAUAAUUGUCCUAUGAUACCUGCAAAUGAUAUAAAUUAGCAGGACUUUCGUAAAUUGGAAAAAGAGAUGAAGUGUCACUAGUCAUACUGCUAACUGAUGAUCUUCUCGAAAUACCUAUGGAAUUCGAUGUAGGUGUCAUUAAAUCUACAUUUUGAAAACCAUGUUUAGCAGGACUGUUUUUGGGAGUUUCUGUAAAUAUCAUUUUCAUAUUUAAAUUUUUUUUUAAUUUAAAGAAAUAA